UGAGGUCACAAAGCCCCCAGGAAGGAGAGGCUACGUCUUCAGAGGCAAGGAUUCUGGGAGCUGCUUGGGCUGGAGCUGGGCUUAGGUGCUCACCGGAGGCUUGGAGGUGACUAUAGCUCUCUUCAUCAUGUGUGAGGAGGUAGAGGCGACCGUGCAGAAACCCACGCAGAGCCUGAGGCACAGCAAGGAGGAGCUGAACAGGCUUAACCGGGCCAUCCAGCAGCUGACUGCGGAGGUGGACAGCGCUAAGAGUCAGCCCUGUGAACUAGACAGAGCCACGGAGCCACGAGCUCAGCAGGAGGAGGGUGCCUCAGACAGCGCCCAGGGCAAGCUGGCCUGGUUGGAGGCCGCCCUGCAGCGAGCCAAGCACGACAUGGCGCGCCAGCUGCGUGAGUACCAGGAUCUCAUGAUCGUCAAGCUGGGCCUGGACUUUGAGAUCGCCACCUACCGCAAGCUGCUGGAGGGCGAGGAGAGCAGGCUUGGUCUGGGAUUUGGGGCAGGGAACUUCUCCCUGGGCAGCUCUCCCCACUGCGGGCUCGGCUCAGCCUCGGGCCCCGCCCGCCUGCCACCUCCCGGAGCGGGCUCCAGCGCCCUGGAGACGAGCGCCCCUGGCGGCGGCUGCGCGCUCUGCGGCUCCCCCGGCUGCCUGGGCGGCUUCGGCUGCGGCGGCGCCCGCGGAUGUUGAACAUUCCUGCCCAGCUCCGGAGAAAUCAGAGACCCCUAGCUCCUGCCCCAAGGACUUGACCCUGUGCCUCAGACGCCCCCUCCCACCUGGCCUCAAUUCAUCUUUCCCUCUUGCUCCCCCCACCCCCCACCCCGGAGCGUAAAGUCUUGGAAUCUCACUUACCGGGUGGUGACUGCCCUGUCCCCUGCAUGAAGGUAGCGGGGACACUGUGCCACUGGGGGAGGCCUGGUGGCUUACCUGGACACAGUACCCUGCUCCUCUGACCUGCCCCCCACUCCUCUUUCCCUGAGACUCCUCCUUUGCAAUAAAAAGUUCUU